AUGAACACGCGGGAUUAUCUGAAAAAGAAAGCAGUUAAAAACAACUCUAAAAGCCUUCAUCAGGCAUAUAAAGUAAAACGAAAUGAAGUGAACAAAUUAAUUAAAUCUGCAAAAGUCCAGUACUGUAAGGAUAAUAUUCAACUAAAUAAAGACAAUCCUAAAGAGAUGUGGAAAAAUAUUGACCAGGUCAUCAACGGAAAAGGUCGGUGUUCUAAAACCACCACCAUUACCACAAUUAAAGAUGAUCUGGGUGAUAUUAUCCAAGAUGAAAAAUUAAUAGCUGACCAACUCAACAACUGGACCAAAAUUGUCAAGUCAAUUGCCUAA